CACUUCUGAUGUACUUUGAGGGCGCAGGCGGUGCUGUCACAGGGACCGCCCGGACACUGCAUCACCGCUCCACCAGCAAAGAAAUCAGGAAAUUGGGCCCCGGCUCWGUCUGGAGCUACCCUUGAACACAGAGCUUGGCUCUGUGUAGGAAAGAGACUCUCCAGGAGUUCAGGAAUGCCAGGCCAGGCUCAGCUGUGAGCUUCCCCCAGCCAUUGCUGCCGCAUGGCCACUGCUGAGAGGUGGCAGCAGGAGAGGACAGGGAGUCCCUGAUGCGCUGACGGUUGGCCAUGUCUGGGAAGCACUGGCCACCCGGGACGCAGUGUGUCACCAAGCAUGACCACACCAAGCCCAAGCCCCGGGAGCUGGCCUUCCGCAAGGGUGACAUGGUCACCAUCAUCGAGGCCGUGGAGGGCAAAGGCUGGUACCGCGCCAGGCACAACGAGACGGGGCAGGAGGGGCUGCUGGCAGCCAGCACGCUGCGGGAGCGCGGGGCCAUCCGCGUSGACCCCAAACUCAGCCUGAUGCCCUGGUUCCACGGGAAGAUCUCCGGGGUGGAGGCGGUGCAGGAGCUGCAGCCCCCCGAGGACGGGCUGUUCCUGGUGCGGGAGUCCGUGCGGCACCCCGGGGACUAUGUGCUGUGYGUGAGCUUCGCCAAAGAGGUGAUCCACUACCGCGUGGUGCACGAGGAGAACACGCUCAGCAUUGACAGCCAGCAGUACUUCUCCAACCUCAUCGACAUGAUCGAGCAUUACAUGAAGGAGCAGGGAGCCAUCUGCACCAAGCUGGUGAAGCCCAAACCAAAAUCUGGGAUGAAGUCGGCAGAGGAGGAGUUGGCCAAAGCUGGCUGGUUGCUGAACCUGAAGCACCUCACACUGGGAGACCGCAUUGGGCAAGGCGAGUUUGGAGAUGUUCUGCAGGGUGAGUACAUGGGGCAGAGGGUGGCUGUGAAGAACAUCAAGUGYGACGUGACUGCCCAGGCCUUCCUCUCUGAAACGGCUGCCAUGACGAAGGUCCGGCACAAAAACCUCGUAUGCUUGCUGGGGGUGAUCCUGCACAAUGGCCUCUACAUUGUCAUGGAGUUCAUGAGCAAGGGCAACCUGGUGAACUUCCUGCGCACGCGGGGCCGSGCGCUCGUCCCGACCCAGCAGCUCCUCCUGUUUGCCCUGGAUGUGGCUCAGGGCAUGGACUACCUGGAGUCCAAGAAGUUGGUGCACCGGGACCUGGCUGCCCGCAACAUCCUCAUCUCCGAGGAGAACGUGGCCAAAGUCAGUGACUUCGGCUUGGCCCGGGUCAACCCCAAGGGUGCAGAUGCCACAUUGCUCCCCGUGAAGUGGACAGCACCAGAGGCUCUGAAACACAACAAAUUCUCCUCCAAGUCGGACGUGUGGAGCUACGGGAUCCUCCUGUGGGAAACCUUUUCCUUUGGACGGGCACCCUACCCCAAGCUGGCCCUGAAGGAGGUGACGGAGCUGCUGGAGCAGGGCUACCGCAUGGACCCCCCUGAGGGCUGCCCACCCCCUGUCUAUGCCCUGAUGAAGAGCUGCUGGGAACUGGAGCCAGGCAAGCGACCGUCCUUCAAGAAACUCACAGAGAAGCUGCAGAAGGAGCUGAAGCACCUGAGAGACAUUUAACCCCAAUCCUGCUACCAGGACCCAAGACCUGAAGCCCCUGGAUCCUCCAGGGCUGGCAGUGGCAAGGCCAUGGGGGCCAGGAACAGGAUGGCCAGUGGUGCUGCUCUCUCCCUGUGUAGAUGGGGCAGCAGCCUCCCUCUAUCCCGGCAUGGCCCUUCUACCCAGCACGCAGCCCAGAGCAGGUUCUCAUGGGAUCUGUGUCCCCUGACACACCAGAGUGGGGAGCGCAGACCCCAAGGGAGCCCUGCCCACACCCCCUGAGCUCAGCCCCAGGAGCGGGUGCUGUGUGUGGGGUCCCUUCAAGCUGUGACUCCCAGUGAUGGSACACAGGACUGGAAAUGUCCACUCAGUGGAGGAUGAGACCCCACYCUGWCCCAGCCCCACUCCAGUGCCCAGCACGGGGAUGCCGGCACAGCCAGAUAAACCACACGGAUUUGGGCUUUUUUAUUAAACCAAAGAAAUUAGUUCAACAGCAUCUUUAAGCCUCUGGGGUGAAAUUAGGCCUAUCCCUCAUUCGGGGCCUGACAGACUCCAGUGAAAGGUUCUGGGGGGGCAGGAGCUCUGUCUGUUGGAGCCCCCCAUGCCAUACAGCCCCUCUCCCGUCAGUGCUCUGCGCAGCAGGGGAUUAUGCUUUUAAUCAGACUCUGUAUGGGAAUUGCUUGUGUAUAGAUUACGGGCACMGAGCACGUCCCCAGCAGUGGGGAGCCCCCAGCCCCGCAGGCUCCGAGCAAUCUCAGUCUGGGUGGAGCAGGGAUUAGCGGGGGCACGGAGCCGCCUGCAGGGGUGGGUGUGCACCCACCACCACCUCGUCUGCUGCCAGGCCUUUGACCCUCGACUGGGUUUCUUGGGCUAAUCCUCUUGUGUCUCCUCUGUGCUGACUUCCUGCA